AAAGGUGAAAAAGAUUACCAAAAAAUAUUCAGUUCGUCCUCCGCGAGUGUGAAAAAUUGUAAAAAUAGUGCAAAUUUGUGCGUAAAAAUGCGAAAUCUGCUCGGAUCGGUUGCUUGAAAAUCUGUGGUGCACGAAGAACGUGAAAUCCAUGCCGAAAUCAUGAAUUGUCACCAGAUUUUGAGCGGCGCCUGCAAUGCUGGAGAUCGUUGUUUUGCAGUCGGAUCCGUCGAAGGAGUUCCAUUCACUGCGUACGCAGCAGGGUGUAACAUUGUUAUCUUAGCUAGUAAUUUCGAGCGAGUUCAGAUUAUCCCAGGAGCGGUACAUAACUACAUACGGAUCUCGGCGCUUGAUUGCAGUACUGAUACGGGUAAAAUCGCUGCCGCUUACGAGGACAAAAUAUGCAUCUUCGAGCCAACACCACUGAUACACAGUGACCGACCUUUAUCACAUGGGUUGGAAUACAAAUGGGUUCAGACGGGUAGCUUGCAAGCAACAUCGCACAUCAGUUCUCUGUCUUGGAAUUUGGAAGGAACUCGUCUGCUGACUGGCGGUACGGUUUUGCAGCUCUGGCAUGAGCGACUGUCUAAGCAGGAUGACGAUGAACCUACAUCCGUCAAGUUCGAAAUUGGUGGCGAUCGUGACCCCAGAACCCCGACAAAUGAGGAAGAAUCCGAUUCACAUUGGGAUUGUGUUUGGAAAUGUCACACCGCCACACCAGUUCAUCACAUGGCUUUUAGCCCGGAUGGCACGCUAUUUGCUACAUCCGGGAAAAGCGAUCGUUUGGUCAAGGUGUGGUACGAAAACAAGCACAUCUUGUUUCCGAAUAAAAGUUUUGAUCAAGCACAAUCGCAAAGCUUUUGCGGCAUACCGGAAGCGAGCUAUGGCUUCGUGUAUGUUGCUCACCCAAGAGCCGUGACUCAUCUAUCUUGGCGCAAAACAAGCAAAUACAUGCCUAAGGGAUCCGUUUCCAACAUGCUUGUGACAUCGUGCUUGGAUAACAUCUGUCGUAUAUGGGUGGAAACGGUCUUACCGGAUGAUGGCUUAGUCAAUAUGAACCAAUUCGAUCCCCUUGCAUCACAAAACCCAAAGUUUCGAACUCACAGGCACAAACAUCGUUUUAUGCAGCGUUUGAAGCACAUGAAGACAUGCUUCCACAUAAGACGUCAUGCCAAGCAUAACGGUGCCACUGGCCUCAAUGGAAUGGGAGCGGGUUUCGGGGGUCCAGGGGCAAGCGCUGGUUUCGGAAAUCCACCAAUACCGACACUCCCGUCUACCUACAGUGUACAUGAUUUCCACUCAUACGGUUAUCAUGGUACUGGAAUGACGCCAGGAUUGCAUUUCCAUUUGGCUGCCUCAAUCAACGCCGAAACGGACAUACCACUGGUACCUUCGAUGCACACGAACGACCCUUCGACGCAGCCUAAUUUCAUUCUACAUUGGCUCAACAACAAAGAGAUGCAUUUCUCUCUGCAAGCAGAGGCUAUUUUACAAGAAAUGACUAGAAAAGUUAUCGAAAAGGAAGAUUUAUUGUCUGGAGCAAACAGCGAUGGACAUUCCGAAGGACUACACGAAGACGAUUUACCGAACGAAGAUGGCAGGAGAAAACCAAAAAUGAAAUCUACAUUUUCACAAGACGAGAGCAACAGUGAAGAUCAUCCUCCUUAUCCGACGCACCGUUCACCUUCGGUAGGAGGUGCUUCCCAUGCAGGAUUACCAAGUCAUCACACGUUAUCGAAUACAACUUCAAUAAAUUCGUUGGCCAAUGACGGUGGAAAUAUACACGUCACGGAUUCACUGGAUAUGAAAAUCGAAUGUCUGCUUCGAGAUUGGCAUCACAGCCCGGAUUUGUUGUUUUCGAUCCAUCCAAUCGAUGGAAGUUAUCUGAUAUGGGUGGUUGAGUGGCUCGACGAGUAUCAUCCCGGAUCGUUCCGGCAGGCACAGGUGUCGUUCUCUACAAGGAUUCCUUCUGCGUUCCCAUUGGGUGAUGCAAUGUCAAUGUCCACUACGGUCGCUCUAUACAACACUGGAGGAAACCUAGGUUUUCGCGAUAUGAUAGUGAAAGGACCAAAAGCAAGCAACGGAAGUAACGGUAGCAACAAUCCCGAUGUGAACAGUGAUAUCGUAACAUCACUUCCCAGUGUCCUGGAAGAAAAUGAAGGUCACGAAGAAGACAACGACGCAGCAAGUGGAGAUGGCGAUGCUGAAUCCAAAGGAGCCGGGGAAGCCACUGGCAAUGAAAAUGCAGCAGAACAUUCGGACAUCCUAACUGCUCCUCCAUCACCAGUCAUCUCGAUGGUAACAAAGCAUUCAAACGGAACGCUCAAUCUAUGGCAGCUUACUUUUGCGGAUAAAACUAAAUUCUCCCAGGUUCUGAGCAUAGGCCAUGCUUCGAGAGCAUCUGGUCAUCGAUUCCGCGUGAACGAUAUAACUUGCCAUCCGGUGUUGCCCCUUUUGCUCACAACCUCCCAUCAUAAUAUUCCAGACAUUCCAAGUUCGAACGCAAGUUACCCUGGCAAACAGUCAGGCGAUCCCGAUUACAAACCGCAUCGUCCGAAGGACAUAUGCACGCCAUCUGGAUUCUGCUCGGAAUUAAUCCUGUGGCGUGUGGAUGCAGUUGGACCACUUUCGCAAUCUGGAGGAGUUAGUGAAUUGGCUCGCAUCAAUUCGCCAGAAAUCUCUGCAUUCAGUAACGUAGCUUGGAUUCCGACACUGCUUCCUAGUACCACGUUAGGAAAUUUGAGUAACUCUCCAUCGGCGUGUUUUGUGGCGAGCGAUGGCGAAAGUCUACGGGUGUACCAAGCGGUGAUUGAUGCUAGAACACUUCUUGCCGAGAUUUCUAGCUCCGAAAGACGCUUCCGUCGAAUGGACUCGAUGGUGUCGCUCUCGACGGAAUCAUCCUCGGAUAACGUACCCGCAACACAGUCAGCUUUGCACGAUAAAAUAAAGAUCGUUUCACAGCAAUCAACGGCUAGGCCAGGAUGCAUAAUACAGUUGGAUGCAAUCGACGAUGCUACCCACGAUUGGCAAAACACUCAAUUCCUUCAUGUAUUCCAAGAGCAACUCAUAACGGGGGAACGCUCGGAAGAACCCAUUUUUGCUGGAAAUGAAAACAAACCACCUGUGGGAUUGAUGGACGGCCAGAUGGGCGCAAUGGUGGAUUUACAGAGAAAUGCUCAAUUUGAAGAACCUUUCUAUUUGGUGGUACUAGAACGGACACAAACCGGAACUACCAUUCACAUGUGGCGCAUUGUAAUUGCAUCCCAACCAGCCGCACCAGACGAACUGAGCAGUAGUAUGAUGUAUGUGCCAGAUAGCAACCUGGUUCAGGAUCUGGACGACCCUGAGUUUAUCCACCGGGCUUCAAUGGCUGGAGUUCAAAUACCAGAAGACGCUAAAAUUCCAAUCGAUCAAAGUCCGCAUGUCAACAUUACAACGACCAAGGUAUGUACCCAAGAACUACCACUACCUGACGGGGUAGAUGUCAUACAUGCCGCACCAGCUGCUGGACACCUGAGCUCAUCUUCGAUUUAUCCGGCUUGCUUUGCACCGUACAUAAUUGUAACCGCUUGUUCCGAUUCGACUGUCCGCUUUUGGAAGUGCAAGGCGCCUAAAAGCGAUGCUAGUGCAGAGAGCAAACUGAACUUCAAAUAUGAAUGGUUCGAAUGGGAAAUGAUACGGAAGGACCAAGAAUCGACCAUCGAUGUUAAUGGACAGCUCUUGCACAUAAGUGCGGCUUAUUCGGGAAGAAUCGCAUGCGCAUACAAAUAUGGGAAAUCGUUCACUAGACCGACAAAAAGCAGCGAUCCGGAAUCACGCUAUGUAAAUCUUUGCGUUGCUAUCUAUGAAUGUGAAAGUACCGGUGGCAGCGAGUGGGUUCUUGAGGACACUAUUCAUCUGAAGAACAUUCACUUACCGAGAAUUCAAGUUGAUCCACAUUUGGAUUUAAGCUACCUGUACGAUAAUCGAACUUUGCAAAAGAAACAACGAUUGAAUCAAAUGUUGCAAACGUUGUCCCAUGACGAAAUUCGAUCAAGUCGUAACGGAGACGUCACUCCAGAGUCUCUAGCAAAGCCCGGUUCAGGGUUGUUGGCAGUGCCGAGCUUCAGUACACUUCAGUCACUGCGAAAAAGUAUAACGGAGCAUGGUAAUACGUGUCCACUUACUCAAAAGCAUCUCGUUCAACUGGACUGGGUUUCAAAGGAAGACGGUUCCCACAUUCUCACCGUUGCUGUUGGUAGCAAAAUAAUGCUAUUCACACCGGUUUCCAGUGACCUGGCACAAUCAAACAUGAAAGCCAUGAAGGAAUCGCAAUCGUCAAAUCGGCCACUUCUAAGGAAGGCAAGUUCUCUGGCGCAGCCCCAUUUCAAUGAUGAAAUACGAUGGAUGAAACUACGCCAGAUUGGGCUGCAAACAGCCGACGGUCUGCCUCCUUUGCCAAUGCAAAUAUCUUGGGUUCGGGACGGUAUAUUUGUUGCUGGUAUGGAUUCCGAAAUGCAUGUCUACUCUCAAUGGAAACCGCAAAAUAAUGCCAUCAAUCAUAUGGAGAUUGAAGAUUUGUACGACAAUCGUUACUUGAAAGAUGAGGAUCUUCGUUCGCUCGCACAAGAGAAUACUCAGAGACGUUUGGCCAAUGUGUCAUCGAUGCCAGUAUUAUCCCGUGUGAGUUCCAUAAACCUUCAAAUGCUCUCGAACGAUAGCAAGAAGAAGAAACCUGGUACUGCCAGCACUGGUCAGCUUAAUAGUGGCAACGAACAGCAGCAACCAGUGCACGACUACAUGACUGACUACGGUCUGUUUGAGGCGUCCAGGAUCGCCUGUCCUGUUUUACCACAGUAUCAUCCGAAACAACUAAUGGAACUGCUCAACUCCGGUAAAAUUCGUUGGGUUAAAGCAAUUCUGGCACAUCUGGUCCGAUGCAUCAGUGGUUCGUAUACUAUUCGUGGAGGCGGAAGCGAAGAAGAGAGCCUCAACAGACAGCGUGGUUGGUCUAGAUCUCGCACACUUUCUGUUAGCUGUCCAGCAGGCACUGUUAGUCCUCUUGAACCGAGAGGAUCGACGACACAGAUUCCUGAGGAAUUGACUUUGGAUUAUGCCGAAAUAACGUCGAUUCCUCCAUUACCGCUGUGGACCCUACUGGCGGCUGACAAAGAAACCGUCGGAUUACCUACACAGCAGAGCGAAGAAAUAAAGGACUACAAUGAACUGUUCGAGAGCAACGUGGUCGACGAAUCGCUUGAUGAUCUACUGGAAGAUGAACCAGAUGUCAGCCGUAUUACCGAUCGACGUUCUUCGCUUCCGGAAAGACACUAUCUGUCGCAUUUCGGCCCAAGACAAGGUCAACUGCUUUCCCGCUUAUUAACUCACACUCACCUACCGGGUCUUUCAUCACUUGACCAGAUGCACCUUCUAGCGCUUGCGGACACAGUAUCUACGUGCAAUACGGAUUUUGCAGAAAGAUUUGCAAUUGAUGCUGCCAAGACUGCGAUCGCCAAGGAAAACUUGACAGGGGUUCCAAAUACCGAGAGCGUUUCAACGGACUCUUUAGACGACCGUGGUUUGAGAUUUUUGCUUGCCAUGAAACACUACAACUACCUACUCCGUUGUUUACCGAUCGCUCAAAGACAAUCGUUCCAGAAACAGGGAGUUGGAACCGCCAACAUAGUUUGGGCUUUCCACUCCGAAAGCGAAGAAGAGUUGUUAAAUUUCAUUCCUUCGUAUGCGAAAGGUCAACCAAAGUGGAGUGUGUUGAAAGAAUUAGGUGUUGGUUGGUGGUUGAAGAAUAAUAGUCUUUUGAGACCAUGUAUCGAUCGCUUGGCGAAGGCCUCCUUCCAAGCGAACCAAGAUCCUCUGGAUGCUGCGUUGUACUACAUGGCAAUGAAAAAGAAGUCUGUCGUUUGGGGAUUGUACAGAUCGCAGAGAGAUGAUAAAAUGACUGCUUUCUUUGCUAAUAAUUUCAAUGAUAAUCGUUGGCGCAAGGCUGCUCUGAAAAAUGCGUUCGCUCUUUUGGGUAAACAACGUUUCGAACAUGCAGUAGCGUUCUUCUUACUCGCGAAUUCAUUAAAUGACGCCUUAGAGGUCUGUUUGACCAAAUUACAGGAUUUACAGCUAGCGCUCGUUAUCACACGUUUGUACGAAGGAGAACACGAUGCUACUCCACCAAGCUUCAAGAGACUGCUGUAUGAAGAAGUUUUAGGAUGCGAUAAAAAUGGUGAAAAUCAAGAUCUUAGCCGUGCUCAUCCUGAUCCCUUCCUAAGAUCAAUGGCUCUUUGGCUUCUCAAAGAUUAUUCUGGCAGUCUUAGUACAUUGCUAAACAGUAACAUUGGUAGCAUGCACCCCCUAUUCGACGAUGAUAACGCUGCGAGUCAUGCAGAAGGAUCACAUGCUACGAAUCCAAACGUCUUUAACUUUUAUGUAUAUCUACGCACGCAUCCCUUACUUAUUCGUCAGCAUAUCGCAUCAUCUGCUCAAGAUAAGAAACGUGCCCAAGUAGUUCUAGCCGGAUUCAGUUACGGAAAUGAAACAACAUCCUCAACAAAGCCAGGCCUUACUACCGACAAGCAGAUCCAGCUGGAAGAUUCUAUUACGCCACUGGAACGACAACUGUAUUUCACAACAGCUCAUGCACACUUCAAGGCAGGUUGUCCAGCACUUGCUUUAGAAGUACUUAGCAAACUUCCAUCGAAGGUCAUUGAUCAGGACUUAACCAGUCAGCCGCAAACGCCUAAUGAUGCCAAAACGCAAUGUAACUCUAUUACAACUGGAAUUAUUGAUUGGAGCAAGACAAGCCAAGCAGAUUCCGGAAAGGAAACAUCAAAUUCUUUGGAUUGGAGCGCCCCAGCCUCAUCGACGACCGUAGAUUGGAGCACACCGGCAAGUUGUUUCGAUUGGGGUGCUCCUGUUUUAUCUCAGGUAUCAAAUGGUGCUGAUGAAUUCAAACUCGAGUGGGAUGACGAUGAAAAGAAUGAGGACGAUGAAGAUAGUUACGAAGGCAUACAGCUGAAGAAAACUGACGUGGAAGAGAAAACCGAACGUUCGGACGAAAACGAGGCGGACUCCAAAGGAAGUUUAGAUAUAAUGGCUCAGCAGUUGAAAUUCAUAGCAUGUUUGAAGAUUCUUAUGGAAGAACUAUCAACAUUAGCCACUGGAUUUGAAGUUGAUGGAGGGCAGUUACGAUACCAAUUGUACGUGUGGUUGGAGCGGGAAGUUGAAGCCCUAAAGCAGCUCUGUAAUUACAGCAGCGGAGACUCGGAUAAUACAGCAAUUGAGGACAAUAACACAACGGAUGCAAUAGAUCGAGACACCCCGGUGUUGUCGAAUAAAUUCCCGCAUGAUAAACCGACUUUGCAUGAAAUUCUAAUCCAGGAGAAACAAGACUUUGAAGCCAAAGUGCAUCGGGCCGCCAGAAGGAAACGUUGGUUGAAAGCAAAUGAAACGCUUUUAAGAACCUUGUUGAGUUAUUGUUCGCUUCAUGGAGCAAGUGGUGGUGGUCUAGCAUCCGUUCGGAUGGAACUGGUUUUACUGUUGCAGGAACUCCAACAGGAGAAAACUCAACAACAAUUGCUUAGUCCGUUACCAUUCCCCACUACUCUACCACUGUUAAGUGCAUGCGUAGCUGGCAAUAAGACAGUAAUAGCAGAUCCCUUGCGCUACUUACAAUCUCAUACCCACGAUAUGCUGCAAACUAUAGUAGACAUGAGGAACCCACCACAUGCUCAACGCACAGUUUUUCCAAAUGGAAUCUUUGUAUUGCGGGACCUUGGGGUUGCGCUAUCUGCAUGUAUCUAUCAAUCCCUCUGCGAUUCGGAUACAUUCAGCGUAAAGCAAUCGACCGUCAAUGAAGGUUGUAAUAGCCCUGGAAUGGAAACAAUCGCUAAGCUAAACGCAAGCUGCCAAAGUACACAUCUCAUGGCAAACGCUGCGGCACACCAAAGACGACGGAAGUAUUCGACUGACGAACCACUCGCUGUAAGUACGCCUCCUUCCAAAUGGCCAGGUGUAACCAAUCUCCGGGCGCUUCUUGCUCGCGAAAAGGAUGAAGACACACCUCGAUUGAAUGUACUAUUGUGUGAAUCAUUCGUUGCCACCUAUAUGGCACUUUUCGUGUACGCUUUAACGACCUGCGAUUGUCACAUAUUGUAUCGAUUGGCUGGACAAAAUUUCACAGACUACACAUGGUCCACGCUGUACGGCGGAGGUGUUAAAAAGCUUCUCCGUAAGGCUACGUCACAUGUGCAGGCUGCCCAACAAGUCGUGCAAGCGCAGGUCCAGCAGGAAAGCCUGGAUAGCCCAGUGACCGACGGGAGCGUCUGGGGAGCGGUUACUUCACUAACGAAACAGCGAGUGAAACUGAACAUGAAACUGCUUGGGCAUUUCGCUGGACCGCAAGGUCCAGCCAACAUGAAGGAGGAUAAGCCUACUUAUCGCGAGCAGUUCGUUCCUCCUGAGAUGUCUAUGGUGGCAUAUUUCCUCACAAAGCCAAUUCCGAAAGGUGAUCCCGAUGAAGACGAUUACGAUUCAGCUGAUUCUGCGGUAUCCGAUUUAGACGAAGACGACGAUGACGAGGACGUUUUCAAUGACCCGUUAAACAACGAUCCAAAAGCCAGUCAGGUAUCCGCUGCUGUAAGAAAGCAUCGACGUGAAAACACGGAGCACUCUAAUCCAAACUCCUAUUCGUGGUCUGUUAUGCGACUGGCAUUGAUAAGGGUUGCCCAAAACCACUUGCAGACAUUCAUCAAUGUUGCAGGAAUUGAAAUGCAAGAACUACCGGUGUGCAGUCCGUUGAUUCAUGGCAUUCUUCGUUCCUUGUCUUCGUGGCAAGAUCUGCUGAAAGAAGAAUUAGAAAACCGAGGUCCUGCAUCGGUUGAUUACAUUCCAGGCUGUUUUGUCGAGUCAGAAGCAAAAGGCCCCGCAAUCCAUAAGUAUCGUUCACUGUUGGAGAAAUCCAACACACCGUUUAGCCCAUGUCUUUCAUCCGCUGCACCCUCCCGAAGGCUGUGGAACUACUUGGUACGUAUCGAGCUUGUGCAGGAUAUCUUCAUUCGAGCAGUAUUUGGCAAGAAGAAACCCUCACUUAAUCUAAUCGACACAACGGUCGGAUCUAUAACUAAUUCGGCCAACGAUUCCGGUACACCCGUUGGAAACGAGUCCGCAGUGGUUGCUGGUGGGCAAACACAUCUUCAGAACAUUCCAGAACCCGUUCGUAUUAUCCAUAAGGACCAGGAGCAGAUUUCCGCUUUCUGUCUCAAUCUAGUGAAUUCUGGAUUGUUGGCAUUGGCCACUCCCAGAGAGGUACAAGAAAUGGAUAUCUCUCUGCUGCUGGAAUCACCCAAUUGGAUGGAGGACGAAUGCGAGAUGGAUAUCAUGAACCUAAUGAAGGAUAUCGAAACGGUACCGUCAAGCAACUUCCUAGUUAUACAGACAUCUACAGAUAAACAUUUAACCAACACAAACAUCAAUGCCGCACAAAAUUUCGGUGUGCCGUCUAGUCCACAACCUGGUAUUGCAGGACAAUCAGGACGUGGCGCGUCCGUGAUAAAAGGAGCAACAUUUCCCGGAAGUCAGUGUCCACGCUUCUGCAAACUGGUUAUUGAGCGUUCAAAGCACUUGCUGAAACCGGUGCUCAAGCAUAAGGUGGACAACAUCAAGCGCAUGAGCGCUCAUCCGCUAAUGCCACUCUAUCUAACAGGCGGUCAAGAUGGGUCGGUGCAAAUGUGGGAAUGGGGUCACCAGCAAGUGGUUUGCACACCACGACCACCGGGAACAUUUGCAAAGGUCACCAGAUGCCGGUUCUCACAGCAUGGUAACAAAUUUGGCAUAGCCGAUGGCGAUGGCAAAUUGAGUUUGUGGCAAGUUGGAUUAGCUAGUCAGAGCAAUAGACCGUUCUUUACCUAUUUAUGCCAUAAUAAGGGAAUAACUGAUUUCGUAUUUCUCGGUUCGUGUAGUUUAGUGGCAACAGCUGGCCAGAGUUCAGAAAGUAAGAAUGUUGCCAUUUGGGAUACCCUUUUACCCCAGAAAAAGGCCCUUGUGUCGGCUUUCACUUGUCAUGAUCAGGGUGCAUCUAGUCUGGCGUAUGCGCCACAACAUCAAUUGUUGAUAUCUGCUGGCAAGAAAGGUGAUAUAUGCAUAUUCGAUGUACGACAGCGUGUACUUAGACAUCGCUUCCAGGCUCAUGAAAAUCCGAUCAAAUGCCUGGCUAUCGAUCCACACGAGGAACAUUUUGUGACUGGAUCAGCCGAUGGUGAUAUAAAGGUUUGGGGCUUAACGGUUCACACGCUGCUGUACAGCUUCAUAGGUGAGCAUGCGCGCAGCAGCUUCUUCAAGCACAUUGGCCAAGGUGUGACGCAGUUGCAGAUCGAUCAGGGCGGUCGCCUCUUCUCCUGUGGUGCUGAUGGUUCCAUGAAAGUUCGGCUCCUGCCGGACCGGGAAUCGAUUGUCCAUUCGCUGUAUUAGUUUACUAGUAUUGAAAUUAAGAUCAGAAUCGCUAACAUUACAGAAUAAUACAAUAUUUUACAGGACGUUGCGAAAUUUACAAACAACAAAACUACAACGUGUUUAAAAUUUAGGAAACGACCCCCUGUGUGUUAUAGUAAUUGUAACGAGCAUAGAGAGUCAAAAUCAUACACACAUACAUAUAUACAAAAUACACAAAAUCAAGUAUUGAUAAAUUUUAUCCUUGGAAAUUAUAAAAUAUGCAGACAUUUUCAUCUAAAUUGUUAUCAUACAAAUAAACCACGAAACUUUCAAAUUAAAACUUAUUACUAUUCUUGCUCUUUGAAACUACCGCUGUUGAAAAAUAAUGAAGCAUCCACUAACAUCAGAAAAAAAAAUCAUUCUUACCGCUGACAAUACCCAGAUUAAGAUGUACUACAUGUAUUAAAUAGCAGAAAAUACCAAAAAAGAGAGUUUAUAAAAGGUGAAACUAAUUAUAUAGGAACAGAUAGAGCGUAUGUAUUAGCGAGAUCUAGAAAUUGUCUUGAGGAGAUGAAAAAUUAAAAGAGUAGCUAGCAGUAAAAGAAGAUGUUCUAUAAGAAAGUUAAUCCUAUUGCUUAGAUAUGUCGGUCCUAAAAGAUAUCGAUAUUGUUGUGUUAUUUUUUCUGAUUGCAUUAUACAAAAACUAUCGAUUGAUGAUUUACCUAUCGUUUAGUUUAAUUUGUAAAAUGCAGCGUUUGCUUUAUAUGUUUCCAUUUGUACACUGAAAAUUACUUUAAAUUUAACAUUAUCACGAACAGCAGAAUCAAUUUAAUUGUUAUACUGUUGUUGACUAAUAACAAAACUAAAUUAACAACUAGAACAAUAUAAAACAGUCGUCUCAACAAAGUAUUUAGCCUAUUACGAUACAAUCACACGCUGCACCUAACUAUAUUUGCGAAUCGUAUUAACACUUGAACACACCAUGGUAUGGAUACACUUUUAUUGGAAAUUAAGCAACAGAAACUGUUGUAUACAAAAUCCACCUAUUUACACAAUAUGUAUAAUAACUGCUAUUGAUAACAAUACCUUGAACUAACGAAAGCAUUAUUUAGGGAACGACAAUGAAAAUAAUAUAUAUAUAUAUAUAUAUAUGAAAAUCGUGUAAAACAUAUAUGCAACAUAGUUAAAAAGAAAAGUAAGCGAAUAAUGCGAAGGAUAAAUCUUAGGGAAAUUUUAUUUAUUUAUGAAUAAAUGUUUAUCGUUGA